GAUCAUUCUACUUCAUUCAGUGUUUUAUAAUCUGUUUAUCUCAAUUCUGGAUUUAACAUGGGCAUAUCAGGGAACUGCUGAAGACAAAACAAUAUUUAGAAUAAUUCAAAAUGGAUGAAAUUAGGAAAUAUGUUUGUUUGCAGGCACGACAUGUGAUUUUUCUCCUCUGUCAAUUUAUUAAUUACAUAGAAGUGACAAGGUUACCUGUCUACUACCCAUCACAAGAAGAGAAGGAUGAUCCGAAACUAUAUGCUAAUAAUGUCCGCAGAUUAAUGGCUAAGGAGGGUAACUUGAUAUUGUCAGAUAUUGGACUGCCUGAGAAGCGAGUAUAUCAUGCUGCUCUCAAUGGUUUAUUUUGCCAAAGCUAAUUCGGAUUCGCCAUCUGUUUAUUCUUUGUAUUAGCAUGUUAUUUAUGGGAAUGAUUUAAAAUCAUAUAGAAAUCUUGAGCCGAACAAGUGCAGUCAUAUUGUCAUCAGUUGGUUAUGUAUUUUACCUGGAGCUGAAUUGGCAUUCUCAAAUCUGGUCUCUCUUCAAGUUAUGUUGAUGAGAAGACGUUCAAGAUAUGUGACAUUCACAUUUGGGAGGGAGAGAAUAACCUUGCUAACACAGAUGCAGAGGCCUGGAGGUCUGAAUUUUGAUCUGCACCUAGCUUUCAUGUCAAUGCCACGACCGACGUGCAUGGCUGCUUCCUGGCUUGCUUUGCGGUCAUAAUUUCCUUAUAUGGAGUUGGAUUCUGGGUUUAUCAAUAUCAGCAAGAGCCUGCACCUUGCGGUGGGCAUCUUCCAAUUUCGAGGAGUAAAAAUUACUAAACUAGUGGGUGCAAUCCGAGCAGAGUUUCUGUAUGGCAGGCCAUCGAUAAUGUAGCAGCCUCCUGAUAUCAUGAUUCAUUCAUGCAGAAAUUUUCUUUUAGUCGUCCGUGACGGUACGAUAUAAUUCAUUUUUGAGUUGUUCUCAAAUACCUUCCUCUAGUCACAAGGUUGUUCUUGUCAUCUCGUACUCUAAUAAACGUGCUUUUCAAGA